AGUUGAAAUGUGUUGGUUCUUUGAAAUUUCGGAAACGUCAUCUGACAUUGACGUCUUUCAAAUUUUAAUAUUGACAUUGUCACAUAUGUUGUUGGAUACGUAAAAUAAGUGAUGUAUUUAUUUGUAUUAUCAAUUUGAAAUGAAAAUAUCACCAGUAUGAUUGUAGAUUUUUAAGUAUAAAAAUGGAAUAUUUUAAAAGUGGUUUAAAGUCGGUGUUGGGUACAUCAACGCCCGAAAAUCAACCGACAGGAGCAGAAAUAGUUGACAAGUUAGUCAGUAGAGUUAGUACAUCAACGUUAUUAGAAGAUAGACGAGAUGCUUGUAGAGCUCUUAGAGCACUUUCGAAGAAAUAUAGAGUGGAAGUGGGCGCGCAAGGAAUGGAUAUAUUAAGACAAGUAUUAGAACUGGAUCGUAGCGAUUGUGAAAUAAUAGGAUAUUGCUUGGAUACUUUAUGUAAUAUUACUUCGAAAGAAACGUUUGAGGAAGAAACAGAAAAUAAUAGAAACAUGCAAGUUAAUGUAGGCGAACAGUUUACUGAAAUGUUUUUGAAAAAUCACGAAAAUGUCACGUUGGUAUUAAGUUUUUUGGAAGAUUACGAUUUUCGAGUAAGGUGGCCAGCUAUAAGGUUACUAACGUCUUUAGUACGCUGUCGACCGAAAGAUGUACAAGAUAUAAUACUAGUUAGUCCAAUGGGUGUUUCCAAAUUAAUGGAUUUGCUUCUAGAAAAUCGUGAAGUUGUAAGAAACGACGCACUUCUCUUACUGAUCGAUUUAACUAAAUCUAAUGCCAAUAUACAAAAAAUUGUAGCUUUCGAAAAUGCAUUCGAUAGAUUAUUCGAUAUAAUAAAGCAUGAAGGUUGGACUGAUGGAGAUAUUGUAGUAGAAGACUGCCUCUUACUCAUGUUGAAUUUACUAAAAAACAACAACAGUAACAUAAAUUUCUUCCAGGAAGGUUCUUAUUUACAAAAAGUCGCGCCUAUGUUUGAACUACCGCCUAAUUUAGAAGAAGUCGGUUGGAGUCCUCAGAAAGUGUCAAAUUUUCUUUGUGUGUUGCAAUUAAUUCGAACGGUCGUGUCUCCUAAUAAUUCCUCCCAGAUUAUAACAGCUUGUCAGAAAACUAUGAGAAAUAACAAUUUAUUGGAGGCUUUGUGCAAUAUAUUGAUGGCAAGUGGAGUACCUGCUGAUAUUCUGACUGAAACAAUAAAUGCUGUAGCUGAGGUGAUAAGAGGCAACCUAACCAAUCAGGAUUACUUUGCAAACGUAUUGGCGCCUUCAAAUCCACCUCGACCGGCUAUGGUGGUGUUAUUAAUGUCGAUGGUUAAUGAAAAGCAACCGUUCGCUCUCAGAUGUGCUGUUUUGUAUUGUUUUGAAUGCUUUUUGUUCAAAAAUGAAAUCGGACAAGAAUUGGUUGUACAAACUCUACUGCCCAGUAAUACCGGUGCUUCUAACCUUAGUAUGGGACAGCUGUUAUGUAGCGGUUUAUUCAGCACGGACUAUUUAAGUAAUUGGUUCUCUGCCGUAGCUUUAUCUCAUUGUCUGAUUGAGAAUCCUGCACAAAAGGAGCAGUUGUUGAGGGUAUUACUAGCUACUAGUUUAGGAUCCCAACCGGUCAGUUUACUUCACCAAUGUGCCGUUUAUCUUCAACAUACAAGUAAAUUGCAAGCCAAAUUGGGGAUACUAAUGUUGUUAUCACAAUGGAUGGCGCAUUCCCCGGAAGCUGUCAAAGUAUUUCUGAAUGUACCGGGAUCGAUGGCAUAUUUGACAGCUCAGACUUCCGCCAGCGAGUUUGACAAUAAUGAAGAACUUUUGCAAGGUUUGUGCGCCUUUUUGAUGGGUUUGUGUGUCGUAUAUAACGAUAAUUCCGUGGCUAAUUAUUCGAAAGAAAAUCUGAGUCAGUUAGUUGAAAAACGAGUGGGGAUAGACACUUAUUGUAAAAAAUUAUCCGAAGUUACAAGACACGAAGUUUACGCCAAGGCGUCGAAACAGCCACAAAUCAAAGCCAAACAUUCCAGCGAGUUGCUACUAGAAUUCGAAUUUUGUAAAUUGUUGAAAACCCUCGAAGGGGUUAUAAUACAAGGUUUGGGUAUACAGAGAGAUUUGUCGAAUGGUAUAUCGGAAUUAAGUUUGAACGAACACGAAAACGCCCUCUUGUUACAGUACAAAGAAUUAAUUAGAGAUCAGGAUAAGAAAUUGCAGGAAAGUAAAAAAACCGUCGAGAGUUUGCAGAGGAGGAAUCAAGAGUUGGAGGCACAAAUUAAAGAACUCGAAGAAAACAACACACAACUAAUAGACCAAAAUACGCUUUUGAAAGCACAAAUAGCUGUAAACCCAAACAAUAAAACAACCCUAGAAUCUAACGAAAUAUCCCCUACAUCUAACCCCAAUAAGGAUUUACUGGAAAAAAUAAAAAUCCUUGAAGAAAUUAAUCGCGAAAAAGAAGAAGAACUACAAUGUAUAAGAAAGGACCAGGACGAUCUGUUGACGUUAUUGACAGAUCAGGAUUUGAAAUUGAAUACGUUUAAACAACGUUUAAGGGAAUUGGGGGAAACUAUUGAAGACGAUUCUGAAACUAAUUCGAUCGAUUUGGAAAACGAAUCCUGAUGAUCUCCAUUUAUAAUUUUUUAAUGGAAUUGUUUGUAUAUUGCGAAUACCGACGUUGUUAUAUUUCUUAUGGUAAUAUAUUUAUUCGAGAAA